AGGCUCCCCCCAGAUUUGGAGUAAACAACACUACAGAAAGAAGAUGACCCACUGGUUUCAUCGCAACCCUUUGAAGGCUACAGCUCCCGUUUCAUUCAAUUUUUAUGGGGUAGCUACCACUCCAGCUGCAACAAAGGUUUGCAAUGAUUUAAGGUUAUCUCGAACACGACUGUUGGAGAUGUUUACAGACGUGAGUUGUAAUCCAGAAAUGAUGAAGAAUGCAACUGACUUGUACUUUUCCCUCUUGCAAGGUUUUAUCCUUUUACUGGAUGACUCCUCCCAAGAAUGCAAGUUGCGAUACAUUCAGAAUUUCAAGUGGACAGACACAUUACAAGGACAAGUUCCAAGUGCCCAGCAGGAUGCAGUGUUUGAACUGGUUUCCAUGGGAUUCAAUGUAGCUCUGUGGUACACAAAAUAUGCAUCAAGACUCGCUGGAAAAGAAGAUAUAACAGAAGAUGAAGCAAAAGAUGUUCACAGAAGCCUGAAGAUAGCAGCUGGGAUUUUUAAACACUUGAAGGAAAGUCAUAUUCCAAAGUUGAUUACACCUGUAGAAAAGGGAAGAGAUUUAGAAGCUCGACUUAUAGACUCUUACAUCAUACAGUGCCAAGCUGAAGCUCAAGAAGUGACAAUUGCUCGGGCUAUUGAGCUGAAACACAAUCCAGGACUAAUAGCGGCUCUUGCUUAUGAAACAGCUAACUUCUACCAAAAAGCUGAUCAAACAUUAUCCAGUUUGGAUCCAACCUAUGCAGGUAAAUGGAGGAAGUACCUAAACUUGAAGACCUGUUUCUAUAUGGCCUAUGCAUACUGUUACCAUGGUCAGACUUUACUGGCGAGUGAUAAAUGUGGGGAAGCAAUCAGAUCUCUGCAGGAAUCAGAAAAAUUUUUUGCCAAGGCUGAAGCACUGUGCAAAGAAUAUGGAGAAACCAAAGGGCCUGGGACUACUGCCAAACCUUCUGGACAUCUCUUCUUUAGGAAAUUAGGAAGUUUGAUUAAGAACACACUAGAAAAAUGCCAGAGAGAGAAUGGAUUCAUCUAUUUCCAGAAGGUGCCAGCAGAGGCUCCCCAGCUGGAACUGAAAGCAAACUAUGGCUUAGUAGAGCCUAUUCCUUUUGAAUUUCCUGCCUUGAACGCACACUGGACUCCUGAAACGCUGGCAGCAUUUGAUCUCACCAAGAGGCCAAAGGAUGACACUGCUAAACCAAAACCAGAUGAAGAAGUAAAACCUCUGAAGGAACCAGAUAUAAAGCCUCAAAAAGACAGUGGAUGCCAGAUUUCUUAAGUGCCCCAAGUGCUUUGAAUUCACUUUAAAACUGUAUUAAUUGGGGCUUUAGUUCUGAUCUCCUUUUUUCUGAUUCUUCUUUUUUAAUUUAGAAGACUAAUUUAAUUUCCUUUUGUUAAUAUGUAUCUAUCUUGCUCGAGAAUGUGGUGGAUUUCUAGGAGUUUAUUUAUAUCUGACUUAUUUUUGGUUUUAGUGGGAUAUCAUAGAAUGAGUGGGCUUGAAUGUUCCUAUUGUGCCUCUAGAGAGAUUCUUAUUGUGGGUUUAGUUUCUACCCACAAAUAGCAAAGGAAGUAUCAUGAUUGUAACACUUGAGGAUUUUUCCAUUAAAUUAUAUGCUAUAUAACGUCAAAUUCUGCAAACAAAAGUUUGCAUGAAUGGUUAUAUUUAUUCAGGUAUUGUCAUUCAGGCUUAACACCUUGUCAUGUUCCGAUUCACUUAAUUGUAGUGAGUGAAGAAAAUCGGGAUUUGGUUUGUAACACUCCUAUGGUAUUUUACAGGACUUUCAUAGAACUUGGAAAACCUUAAGUUCUGCAUAGCUGGAGCACAGUUUAUAUUCUUCUGAAAUAAUUAGCCACUGAUUUUUCCUUUAUAGAUUAGGGUUCUUGUAUCAGGAUUUGUAGUAAGGUACUUUAGCUUGUCUGUCCUUAAAUUAAAAUCUUUCAUAUCAAAGUGUAUGUGGAAGUGAUGCAGCAAGUAAUAUGAAAGUGCUUAAAAGUAAUGCAUCACGGUGUCAUUCACUCCAAGUUCUUGAAUCUUGAAAGAUUUGGUAAGUUUGAAAGCUGCAGGCAGUUAAAAUCUUCUGGCACUAGAAAAGCUCCAUUUGAAUUCAUGAAGUUGUCAUGCAUAAGGUAAUAGAAUUGUAACUAAGAUGCUGUGUUUCCAUCUGGGAAGUGUCUAUAAGAAGCUGUUAGGAGAACAGAUAGGAAAGAUGAGCUGGAGAGCUGAUGGCACAAAUGGGAAACCAAGCUCUAGAUUUCCUUUAUGCCAUCUGUAAACAGUGCUAUUUCUCAGUUUUUGCAGUACUGCACUGAAAUCAGCUCCUUAUGGAGAGAACUUGGCAAAAACCAAGCCCAGUCAAGACUGAGAAAGAAAGUAUUUUGUAGAACUAGCUUCUUCCAUUUUUGCCUACUGUGGAAAAUGUGGUAACAUUCUUUAGUGCUGAGCACUCCAAAACACCGGUGUCAACAAAAACAUAGCUCUCUGAUUUGCUGCAAAUGCAAAAGAAUAUGAUGCCUGUGUUGAAGUGAUGGCCUUGCAAUCUCUGGGUACCAGUUGCUGCACUUCACUUUACCUGAGAAAGAAACGGAACAGCCUGAAAAUGUUCCCGUUUCAACAAAACAUGAUGGCGUAUGCGCUUAUCUUGAUGUAUACUGUAAACACAUUCCUCGCUUUGUACCGUUUGGAUCGGUUCAUCUUCCAAUGUGGUGUAAUUCAGUGCUUCUGUUUGAAAUCUUUCAUGGGACUUAGAGUAACUUAGCUUAGAAGGCAGGUUUGUAGCUCCUUGAAGGUCUGUGGAAUAAAAGCUGUUGAGGAGAUUAAUAGGAAACUCGAGACACUUCCUGAGAUACUGGACCAAACUACAGAAUUCAUUGCUGUAAAAGACAAAGAGGAUCUUAAUGUUGGCUGUCGUGGGUGAAUCAGAUGCAGAACUUAUUGCGUGCAGUGAUGGAUUUUUCUUUCAGCCAGUUCUCCACACAAAAAUAAGUGUAAAAUCAGCUGAAUUGCUUUGGAAGAAGUUUCUGUUCUGCAAGGGUGUAGGUAGGUAGAGGAUAAUAAGUAUCAAGAAGAAUUUGUAUCUAAACCAGGUCCGUUUCUUCUGAUGCUGCGCAGGGUCCUGGGGUAUGUUUUAUGAAGAGUUACUCAGAUCUGUUCAUAACUCGAUCAGCUGACUAUUUAGACUUCUUGCAUUAAAAGACCAACUUAGGUUUUGCCAGAAUGGAGUGUGGAGCUACUUUGCCUAUGCAGAUUUUAAUUCUCCUAAAAACUUAUUACAGCUGUAGUCAUCUACAUUUGCUUAGCCUACCCCCUUUAAGGAUCAAGAUGCAGUUAACUCAGUUUCAUAAUCAUGAUUUUUUAGUUACUCAUUGUUUUUCAGAUGCCUGUGUGUGUUAAUACGUACAUGUCUCAACCUAAUUAAUUUUCUUUCUGUGCAGACUAGAUUCCAUUUCCCUCCUCCCCUCGUUUUUCCCUUCCAUCUGCUGCAGAUUGUGGCACAGACUUAACCCUUGUUUGCUAAUGCAUGUGUAGGUGCCGGGACUCAUUUCCAAUGAGGCUUUUGCCCAUGGGUGUAUUUCAGUAUAUGAAUAUCUUAAAAUAAAAUGAACAGAUCAUGACUAAAUCAUUCCCAAACAACUUCUUAGGAAAGAUUAUUUUAUGGACUUGCAAUUCUUAAUUCUUUGGAUACUUUCUUCAAACCAAGCGGUUUGUUUGAAUCAAGUUCACUGUAAAUAGUUUGGGGCAUAACCAAGUGGAUUGUGUCAGAUUAUGGCAUUACUUAAGCCUAGCUGUGUAACCUCUUAUGCCAUAGCUGUUUCAGUAAAUAUGAUGUAGUAGUUUAAAAAUAGACUAAUGGAACAAACUAAUUCACUUAACAUGUGUUGCUUUUCAAGACAAACUUUGUUUACUCGUAGUUAAAAUCCUAUGGCAAACAUUGGAUAGCUUUGCCCCAAAGUAAGAAACUGGAGACUGUUUAGUUUGCAAAGUAUAGAGAGCUGUGAGUCAACGAGCAGUUUUCUCUUUGGUUUUGUUGGGUAGUAGCAAGAAUUAUUGUAAAUAAUAUGUAGAUUAACUGUCCAAUAAGCAUAAGAAUAUGGGUGAAUUGACUGGGAGUUUCAGUUAAUCUGGAAACCUAGCAGCCAUGUUCCUUCUAUUAUGAUUUCCUUUAGUAAUUUUUUAGAAUGAAGUAUUUUGAAUGGUGACUUUUUAAUACUCUAAUGCUGCAAGAGCCUGUUUUUGUGGCCUCUCUCUGGUUUUAGAGGCUCUCAUGGCUAAACCUGCAAAUCUUGUUUGUGUAAAUAGUCUGUAAAAAUUUGUGCCCAGUCUAAACUAGGACAAAACUGCAGCUAAAUAAAAUACAGAGUGCUGGGCCCUCUAUUUUGUGCUUUUAAAAAUGCAGUGAUUGUCUUUAAUCUACUCUAAAACAAACCAUUAAGCUCUUUGUAAGAUUUCUAUUUAAAUACCUUCCUCCAUGUACUUAAAUACACUUCUUCCAUGUUUCGUGUUCCUGGGUUUACAGUAGUUAAUCCCCAUCCAGCAUGCGACACUCCUAGAACAGAGGGACUCCAUUUGGCCCUUGGAUGCUGAUGUCUGCCUCCCACUGGAUUCGGUAGAGGAGUUUUGGCUGUCAGCAAGUGACAUUUGGUCACUAAAUGUUCAGCAUGAAUAUGUGGUGCGUCUGUAAUGAUGGUAUUGGUUCAUAGUAUAAGCAAGAAACCAGAUCCCUUUUUCUGUGUAGAAUAUAGCCAACUUUGCACUUUAGAAAUUUCUGAUCUUGCCAUUUUGUUACAAUACAAUAUGGUUGUAAAUACUCCUUCUGGUCAUUUUAAUUUUGUUGCACUGAUUUCGGUACUGUGCUAUUGGUAAGAUUUUUAUGGGAAACAUUACUAAAAUGUAUUUUUAAUUGUCUGUGUAUAAAAUGAACUCAUGAAGCAUAUCUCUACCUUUAGUAUUGGGGGGACAUGAGAGGAGGCAGUAAUUCAUCUGCUUUCCAUGUCAAUUCAGAGAAAUGAAAAGUUUCUGUCUGUUGGCUGUUUCAUCCCAUCCCUGCACUCUGUAUCUAAACUGAAGUUUCAGCAUUAACAUAAAUCCUAGGUUGGUUUUUUCCCCCCCCCCAACUGGCCCAGUUGAAUGAGAAAUAAAGCACAGCAAGUAUAACUGGCAUGGAAAAGCCCCUGUAGUGGGCACCUGUCUCCAGAUUCUGAGUGCAGCAUAAUGGCCUUUCCACAACAACCAUUGGAUUCGCUCGGAUCUUUCCCCGCUGGUGACGCGUUCAAAUUCAACAAAUAUCGCAUGGUAACUGAGGAGGCCCUUGAUCAGCUUUUUACGUAGGAAGCCCUACCUCCUUUGGUGUUGGUGCCUUCUUGGAUUACAACCUUCUUGAAGCCAUCCUGUACUCUGAAUAAUCAAACUUCACUGGAGUCAACUCUGAUGAGAUUGACCGAGCAGCCUUAUUUUUUGAAGACAGUCACCACGCCAUCUUAAGCUUCAUAGUUUGAAAAUUUGUAUAUAACCACAAGUUUCAGAGUAUCAUUUAAAAUAAACGAUGUU